CUGGACCGUCGCUCAGGCGAUUGAGAGAUAGAGGGGAGCAGGUAAGUUCGAGGAGCCCAUUGCCAGGAUUCGUAGGGAGGCGACGAUGAGGCAGGAGGUGGAGAUGAGGAUGGAGGAGUUGCGACCCUCGCCUGUGGGACCUGAUGGCAGGCCAAUCCGCCUGGAGAUUGGAAAUGCGUCGGACUUCAUCCCCGCGUUUGAAUGGUUCAUGCAGGGGCAGAGCAUACCGAGAGAUGAUUGGAUGCAGACGCUACCACUCUGGACCAGGAAGGCGGAAAGGCCACUGGCUAUGCAGAUCAGAGACAUGGCACGAGAUUGGGAGAGCUGCAGGGAACAUCUGAGAGAGGCCUUUCGACGGCCAGAGCUCCCUCAGCCCAGAGUCGAGAGGCGACAGAGGAGUCAGAGGUCGAGGGACCCUGAGCCCAGGGAGGCGAGACCAUCUCGGGGAGGACGGAAUGUCCUAGCCAGGAGAGAGGAGGAGCUGGAGCAGGACCCAGAGGUUGAAGAGCGAGGGACAUACCCUGAGUGUGGGUUGGGAUCAGUGGAGUUCCAUCGUUUUACUGAGAGUGGAUUGAGGAGGUCGCCAGCACACCCACGGGAGGAGCCGCCAGUGUCCGAAGGGCCGUUGAGAGAGUUAGAAACGCAUCUGGAUAUCUCUCAGUGGAAAGCGUCGCCUCAGGAUGAGAAGCAUGAAGAGCACGUAGAGGAAGUGCCACAGGAGGAGAUACCUCGAGAGGAGGUGUCACAGGAGGAGGUGCCACAGGAGGGGAUACCGCGAGAGGAGGUGUCACAGGAGGAGGUGCCACGGGAAGAGGUCCAGGGUACUCAGCGAGAGAGAGGGCUGGGCGAUGAGGGGAGACGUGCAGGAAAGGAAGUGAUAGAGGUUGGAGAGGACACGCCCCCACAGACGCCAGCAGUGGAGCAGCAGGAGGUCGUUAGUACCGCAGCUCCUCGAUCAGAGCAGCAGCGGGGUGUCGGUACCUUGGUGGGAUCUCCUUCAUCGCUUCCUCCUCAGCCCAGGAAGAAGAAGUUCAAGAGAAAGGUAGAUCAGCUAUGUUUUUACUGCAAGAGGGACGUGCAUCUGGCUUUGGACUGUCUCGAGUUUCUUGAGGAUAAGGCAGCAGGGAAGGUCUCAGAGGUAGAAGGUACUGUGAGUAUGAUUAUAAAUAAAACUGUCUACUCCUUGGUAUACUUGUGCGACCUGCCCACGGCAGCUGAUAAGGCAGAGUAUAAGGGGAGGAAGUGCAGUCCGUCUGUGAAAGUUAUCUAAGUUGUGAUGAGAACCCAUGAGGUGGUCUCUCAGUGAUGUUCUGUUUUAUAAUGGGACCCCCUUAGAUUUUUGAGAAAGGGGGAUGUUUUAUGAUGUUUUGUGAUAUAAUGAAACCCCUCGUGACUU